GUUAAUAUCUGACGCGGCAUAUGUAAAUUUUUCUAGCGCUCAAUUUGGUUAGUUUGCCCUUAUUGGUCAUCAGGAAACUAUCGAUAAAUUACUUUGGAAAUCAAGGUUUUAUGCCUUAAUACUGUUGAUUUACUAUGUCGACUUUGUCUUAGUUGCGUAUGUCUGUCAUUGGUUCUGUGUUAUACUUUAAUUAUCGUGCGGAACUCCAUCAUAUUUAAUAGUUGAUAAAAUACGUAUGACUGUAAUUUUAGUCAGGGUUCUAUAUUAUGUGAAUCAAACAACAAAUAUACUUUAGUGUAGACAGGAUUAUUGAUAAAAACAUCGGUCAGCAAAAUCUAAAUCUUACUUUUGUUAAUAUCAACAUCCCCCACUCCUUGCUCACUUUGCAUCGUGGAAUAGCUUUCAGACCUUUUAGCUCAACACACACCUCCUAGUCUAUUCAAUCUUGAUACGUAGUACGAUUGUAAGCUUGGUCUCAAGUGGAAUUUGAGCUCAUGAAGGAAAUAAAUGCUCAUGUUGGAGAAUCAUCCUUAAUUUCAGAAGAUAAGCUUCCUGAAACAAACAAUAUCGUACCUCAAGAGUUACCCAUUUCUUUAACUAUUUUACAUAAUCGCACGAAGCAUCAUCUGGUUUUCCAAUCAUCCACAACUAUUGCUGAAGUUAAACAGUCUAUAGAACCUUUAACACACGUACCUGUAGAUAUGCAAAAACUAAUAUUUCGCGGAAUAUUGUCGGACAAUACGACGCUUGGGGAGUUGUCAUUACCUGGUAAGGAUGCUAAGCUGAUGCUGGUCGGUACAAAACCUUCUGAAGCAGAGCAAGUUCGUUUAUCUGAAGCAAAUAAUCAUGCUAAUGAAGAAAUUUUGGAUGAUUGUCGAUCGGAAGUUACGAUGGACUGGUCUGACCAAACCGAGCACAAACAAGUUUUAGAACGUUACGGAAAACCGGAGAAUGCUAUGGUCGGAAUAUUAAAUACAGAAGAAAUUUUAGAUCCUAAUGAAUGUUUACUUGGCCUUUGUGACAAACGUGGGCAAGCGUUGAGGUUAAGGAUUAAGCCAGAUAGUGGAGAAUUGUGGUUAGCUACAAAGGAUGUAACUCACAAAUUCCCUUUAGCCACUAUCCAUGAUGUAGUCAGUCAACCUAUUAAAGAUCAUCCUGAAUAUCAUAUAAUGGCUUUUCAGUUAGGUCCCACUCCAAAGUCUCGUUAUUUUGUGUAUUGGCUACCGUCUCAGUAUGUGGAGUCGAUCAAGACAAUGGUAUUACAAUACAAAAUAAUUUCUUCAUUAAGUGGUGCGACCGGAACGAAUAAACCACUUUAAAAUUGAUCUUUAAUUAUAUAUUGUGACCAAUCGAAUAUUACACUGAUUUUUAAGAACAAAGCUAGGAUCAACGGCUUCAAUAUUUUUAACAUGUGCAUUAUCUUUACUUUCUCCAUGAAGAUUACCAACUAGAUCCCCUUAUUUCUAGAUCUUACUAAGGCUUUAUUUUUCACCAGCUUCCGAAACUCUUCACCAUUACUUAAACUUUUUUUGCGUGAAACCACUGUAUUUAUAUGAAUAAGAUCAAUCAAUUAUAAACGAUGCUUUGCAAUGUUCUUGAAGGUUUUACUUGGUGAUAUUAUUUCAAAGUGUGUAACUACUUUGACCGAAAAAGAUUUGUUAAAAUGGUCUUAUGUAUUUAAGUGAACGCUCAGAUAACAAUGUGCUUUGCCACUAUUUUUAUUGUUUGAAGAUCAUCCAUCCACAAAACAGCAGCUGUCUUAAGAUUGUUUUCAUAACGUUCGGUUAGAAAUACACUUCCUUUAAGAAUCUUGAUGACCUGCAAGAUUAUCGUAUAACUUAUUAGUGUUUUGGAUUUCGCUGACUUCUCAGUCAACAUAAACUAGUUUCGUUACCGGUCAAAAGACUUAGUUUAAAACUCUUCAACUCAUGUCUGUCGAUGAACUUUAGCUCAAUACAACUGAUUGUCUACUUUCAUCGUCGUUGAUUUGUAUCGUGCUUCUGGAAAUAUUUAAGGGCUCCUUUUAUUACCAUUGUCCUAGUUAGUUGGUACGCAGAUUCAU